AAAACGCAACCGGGUGAGGGAGCGCUUCCGCCCGGAGAGAGCUGGCCGGGUUGAGGCGCCGGCUUUCCCGGCACUUCUCCGGCUGCCACCGCUUUGCUGCAAAGCUGACGGGCGCAAAAACAUGAGUGACUCCGCGGGAGGGCGCGCUGGUCUCCGGCGUUACCCCAAGCUCCCAGUGUGGGUGGUGGAGGAUCAUCAGGAGGUUCUACCCUUUAUAUACCGGGCCAUAGGCUCAAAGCAUCUUCCUGCCAGUAAUAUAAGUUUUUUACAUUUCGACUCACAUCCAGACCUCCUUAUUCCUGUGAAUAUGCCAGCAGACACCGUGUUUGAUAAGGAAACACUCUUUGGAGAAUUAAGUAUUGAAAAUUGGAUUAUGCCUGCAGUUUAUGCUGGCCAUUUUUCACAUGUAAUAUGGUUUCAUCCCACAUGGGCUCAGCAAAUCAGAGAGGGCAGACAUCACUUUUUAGUAGGCAAAGACACUUCUACCACAACAAUCAGGGUUACAGGUACAGAUCAUUACUUCCUAAGUGAUGGUCUGUAUGUACCUGAAGACCAGCUAGAGAACCAAAAACCUUUACAAUUGGAUGUAAUUAUGGUAAAACCUUAUAAACUCUGUAACAAUCAAGAAGAAAAUAAUGCAGUGUCUUCUGCUAAGAAACCAAAGCUAGCCCUGGAAGAUUCGGAAAACACUGCUUCUACUAACUGUGACUCUUCUUCAGAAGGACUGGAAAAGGACACAGCAACACAGAGAAGUGACCAGACUUGCCUAGAACCAUCAUGUUCAUGUUCUUCUGAAAAUCAGGAAUGCCAGACUGCUGCCAGCACUGGGGAAAUUCUGGAAAUUUUGAAGAAAGGGAAGGCAUUUGUUUUAGAUAUUGACUUGGACUUUUUUUCAGUCAAGAAUCCCUUCAAAGAAAUGUUCACUCAGGAAGAGUACAAAAUCUUACAAGAGCUGUACCAAUUUAAGAAACCUGGCACCAACCUAACAGAGGAAGAUUUGGUAGAUAUUGUUGAUACUCGAAUUCAUCAAUUAGAGGAUUUAGAAGCCACUUUCGCUGAUUUGUGUGAUGGUGAUGAUGAAGAAACAGUACAGAGAUGGGCUUCAAACCCUGGAAUGGAAUCACUAGUUCCCCUUGUACAGAGUUUGAAAAAACGGAUGGAAGUACCAGACUAUGAAAUGGUUCACCAGGCUGGUUUAACCUGCGAUUAUUCAGAACUUCCUCACCAUAUCAGCACAGAACAAGAAAUAGAGUAUCUUAUUCAAUCUGUGCAUUAUUUACUGAAAAAUUUACCAAAUCCUACUCUUGUGACAAUUGCAAGGUCAAGUCUGGAUGAUUACUGUCCUUCUGACCAAGUUGACACUAUUCAAGAAAAGGUCCUCAAUAUGCUACGUGCCCUCUAUGGAAAUCUAGACCUCCAAGUGUAUGCAGCAGAAUCUCCUCCAUCCUGAAACAAACAAAACAUUAGGCUCCUGUUGUAUCUUGGUUUAGUAACAGCCCUUUAAUUAACUUAUUUGUAAAUGAGUCUUCCAGAGAACACUGUUUUUAUAUUAACUUUCAGUUGAAAUCUUUCAGAUAUUUUGAAUCGCUAAACAACUAUUGUCAGUUGCGGAAUGAUGGUAAAUUUUUUGGCAUCAAGUCUAAUAACCCCAGCUAAUAGAACUGUUGUUUAUCUGUCUUCCUUAAGUAUUUUUUAGGGUUUUUUUUUUUUUUUCACUUUUCCCCCAGGUCUAUUGGACUGUAUGAGAUUCAUUCAUACUUCAUUUAUUCAUUCAACUAAUAUUUAUUGAACACUUAACAUGUACCAGACAUUAUUAAGUGCUGGGUAUAUGGUAAUGAAUGGAAUAGACAAGGCCCCUGCCCUUUUAGGGGAGACAGAUGAGAAGUAAAUUAUGGGUUAUGAGAAAUGUUACGAAGGAAAGGACAACAGACCUGUCUUAGUACUUAGAGUACCAUGGCCUUAUAGGAAAGUAAUAUUCUCUUUUUUUUUUUUUAAUUUUAUAAAAAUAGAGGUGGGGUCUCACCAUGUUACCCAGGCUGGUCUCAAACUCCUGGGCACAAGCAAUCCACCUGCCUUCGCCUCCCGAAGUGCUGGGAUUACAGGUGUGAGUCACUGCCCCAGCCAGAAACUAACAUUCUCAAAAGCUACUACCGAAAAAAACCCACAAAUUUGCCAAUCCAUGAAAGUAUCGUAGGAAGUCUACCUUUCCAAGGAAUUUGGCAUUGUGGCCCUGCUCUUGCCAAAUGCUCUCCAGCAUUGUUGGUAUCAAGGUGGUCUGGUUGAGUAAACUUGACCAAACAAAAAUUAACUGUUCUUUGCUUUUCUGUUUUUGUUUUACCGAUCAAAAAAGCCCUUCAGGGUCUUUUGUGCCUCCAGGCGGUCGUUGUAAAUAUCAAUAAUAUAGUACCUAAGUGCAACUUUAUUGGCAAGUCUGGAUUGAUACUUUUUUCAGAUAAACCAGCUUUUUAUGUAAA